GAGCACUUCCUUUACAUCUGCUUAUGAAGUCAAACAAGAAAAGCAGAAUAGCUCCUAUGAACACGUUUUCUUGUUGUGAAUAGUUGCCAUUUUAAGAAGUAAGCUUUAGAGAAAGAAACUGUACAAAUGAAACUUCCCCAGCAGCUCAGAUCUCCUGUGGCAUGGAGUUGGACAGCGGUGAAUCACCUGUUGUUAUGAGAGAUGACAACAAACGGAGGAGGAGAAGGAUGAAACCGCAUUCUACAGCGAGUUUGUCCUCAACAGAACUUAUAUCCAUUGAGUUUGUGCUACCCACAGGCUAUAUGUUAAUAGAUAUACCUAGCAAUUGUACUGUAGAGCAGAUGAAAACACAGGUUUGGAUGCGAGCUAUAGAAAGGAAUCAGAACUCAGAUUACUACCAUAAAUUCACUCCAGAUCAAUUUGUUCUUCAGUACCAAAAGAAGGGACAAUGGUAUGAAAUUUAUGACAAACAUCAGAUAAUACAGACCCUUGACUGCAUGCUGUAUUGGAAAGUAUUACAAAAGAAGGUGGGCAAAAUUCAUGUGGUCCAAAAGCAAAAGCCCACAAAGGAAGUUCAAGAAUUUCAAAAGCAACUCAAUUAUUUGAUUGGUUAUGAUGUCACCGAUGUAAGUAAUGUACAUGAUGACGAACUGGAAUUUGCUCGCCGUAGGUUAGUCACUCCACGAACAAUAGAAGUAUCCUGCAGAGAUCCAAAGUUAUAUUCAAUGCACCCCUGGACUACAUCCAAACCUCUUCCACAGUAUAUUCUUAGUAGAAUUAUCAAUAAUAAUAUUUUCAUAAAUAUCCACAGAGGUACAACUAGUCAGAAGAUUAAAGUGGGCAUUGAUGACACUCCAGAUAUAAUUCUUCAGAGCUUUUUUGCCAAAAUGGCAAAAAAGAAGUCUUUGAUGAAUAUUCCUGAAGAUCACUGUGAACUGGACUUUGUCCUCAGGGUGAGUGGCAGAGACGAAUAUAUCGUAGGAGAUAUGCCUAUCAAAAACUUCCACUGGAUAAGACAGUGCCUUAAAAACGGGGAUGAAAUUCACCUGGUAUUAAAUGAUCCACCUGAUCCAAAAGAAGAUGAAGUGCAGAAAGAGGAGUGGCUAUUAGUAGAUGAUUGCACUGGAGUUUCAGGAUAUCAUGAACAGCUGACCAUUGAUGGCAAGGACCAUGAGCGAGUGUUCACUAUAUCACUGUGGGAUUGCAACAGAAAAUUUAGGGUCAAGAUAAUUGGCAUUGAUAUCCCCGUGCUACCGAGGAACACAGACCUUACUGUAUUUGUGGAAGCUAAUAUCCAGCAUGGACAGCAGCUCCUUUCACAGAAGAGAACAACAGCUAAACCAUUUACUGAAGAAGUCUUGUGGAAUGUUUGGCUUGAGUUUGACAUCAAGAUUAAAGAUUUGCCCAAAGGGGCAUUACUGACCCUGCAGAUAUAUUGCGGCAAAGCACCAGCAUUAUCCACAAAAGCUAACCUCCAGUCACCUGAUCCCCCCAGUUCUGACUCUAAAUGCAAAACACAGCUUCUCUAUUAUGUCAAUAUUUUGCUCAUAGACCACCGCUCCCUGCUGAGGACUGGUGACUACGUGUUGCAUAUGUGGAAAAUUUCGGGCAAAGCGGAAGAGCAGGGAAGCAUAAAUGCUGAUAAACUCACCUCAGCCACCAAUCCAGAUAAAGAAAAUUCAAUGGCUAUCUCGAUCGUUCUAGACAAAUACUGCCACCCAAUUGCUUUGCCUAAACACAAGAUAGCCUCUGAUCCACAAGGAGACAGGGCCAGAGCUGAAAUGCCCAACCAACUGCGUAAACAACUUGAAGAAAUCAUAGCCACUGACCUGCUUAAUCCACUUACCCCUGAAGACAAAGAAUUAUUGUGGCAUUUCAGAUAUGAAAGUAUAAAGCAUCCAAAGGCAUAUCCUAAGCUGCUUAGUUCAGUGAAAUGGGGACAGCAAGAAAUAGUAGCAGAAACAUACCAAUUAUUAGCUAAAAGAGAUGCUUGGGACCACAGUACUUUGGAUGUUGGGUUACCAAUGCAGCUUCUAGACUGUAAUUUUUCAGAUGAAAAUGUGAGAGCUAUGGCAGUGCAAAAACUGGAGGUUUUAGAUGAUGAUGAAGUUCUUCAUUAUCUCUUGCAGCUGGUUCAGGCUGUGAAAUUUGAGCCUUACCAUGACAGUGCGUUAGCCCGGUUUCUUCUAAAGCGAGGCUUAAGAAACAAAAGAAUUGGCCACUUUUUGUUUUGGUUUUUGCGAAGUGAGAUUGCACAGUCUAUGCACUAUCAGCAGAGAUUUGCUGUGAUCCUGGAAGCUUAUCUGAGAGGCUGUGGGAAAGCAAUGCUGCAAGACUUUCUGAAGCAAGUUCAAGUAAUUGAGCUGCUGCAAAAAGUGACACUAGAGAUAAAGUCACUUUCUGCUGACAAGUAUGAUGUCACUCCUCAAGUCAUCACUCAGCUCAAACAAAAGCUUGAGAAACUACAAGACAGCAAGUUUCCUGAAUGCUUUAGAGUUCCAUAUGACCCUGGAUUGAAAGCAGGAGCACUUGUGAUAGAAAAAUGUAAAGUAAUGGCAUCCAAGAAAAAACCACUUUGGCUGGAAUUCAAAUGUGCAGACCCUACAUCAGUAUCCAGUGAAACCAUUGGCAUCAUCUUCAAACACGGAGACGACCUGCGGCAGGACAUGCUUAUUUUGCAGAUUCUUCGAAUAAUGGAAUCAAUCUGGGAAGAAGAAUCAUUGGAUUUAUGUUUGUUGCCAUAUGGUUGCAUUUCUACAGGAAACAAAAUAGGAAUGAUUGAAAUUGUAAAAGAUGCUACUACGAUUGCCAAAAUCCAGCAGAGCACUGUUGGAAACACUGGAGCAUUUAAGGAUGAAAUACUAAACCAGUGGUUAAAAGAGAAGUGUGUAAUUGAAGAAAAGUUUCAGGCAGCUGUGGAAAGAUUUGUGUACUCUUGUGCUGGUUACUGUGUGGCAACCUUUGUACUUGGAAUAGGUGACAGACAUAAUGACAACAUUAUGAUUACUGAAGCUGGUAAUCUAUUUCAUAUUGACUUCGGCCAUAUUCUUGGAAAUUACAAAAGCUUCCUAGGAAUUAAUAAGGAAAGGGUUCCUUUUGUAUUGACGCCAGAUUUUCUUUAUGUCAUGGGAACCUCUGGAAAGAAAACGAGUCCACGCUUCCAAAAUUUUCAGGAGAUCUGUGUGAGAGCUUACCUUGCUCUUCGGAACCACACAAACCUUCUCAUCAUCUUGUUUUCUAUGAUGCUAAUGACUGGAAUGCCUCAACUCACAAGCAAAGAAGAUAUUGAAUACAUCCGUGAUGCACUGACUGUUGGCAAAAAUGACGAAGAUGCUAAAAAGUAUUUCCUAGAUCAGAUUGAAGUUUGUAGAGAUAAAGGGUGGACUGUGCAGUUCAAUUGGUUUCUACAUCUUGUGCUUGGAAUCAAACAGGGAGUAGAGAAACACUCCGCUUAAUGAUUAUACAUGUACAAAGAGACUGAAGUCUUGUUCUGUAAGUUUUGUGGCAUAAGUCUUUAAAUGCUGAAAAUCACAGCUGCUGAUGAAGUGAUCCCAGCAGUGGUGAUUUUUGGUAAUUAAGACUUCCCCUCCUGUCGCCCUGUCCUCACAUGUUCUUGAUAAUAAAAGGGAUUACUGAGGACCCACUGGGGCUUUGUGACAGGAAGAGGAAAUGUUUAAUUUCCCAAAAAUUGCCCUCAUUGAUGACAUCAUCAGCCCUGUGCCAUGGAAUUUACACAAACAAGAUUCUAACCAUGAGUGGCAAAUCUUCUGCUCCUUUUGAUGGCUCAUAAACAAGAUAAUCUGGAAGGCUUUCAGUGAUUUCCCCACUCCCCAAACUGCCAUUAUCUUUAGAAAAAUCUAAUUUUGGGGUUGCUAAUGCCAGACCAUAAUAAUUUAAUAUAGACAGAAGCUUCGUUGAGGUGGUCUCUGCUGCCAUAUGUGUUAAAUAUGCUGAAGUCUGCUAGAAACAGAAGUUAAAUAACAACACUGGAAAGGAAAAGUCAUGCUUUUUCUUGGAUCACUCAUUAAAUACUGUAGAUAAUAUACAGACAGAAAGAUCUUGUGAAAACUUCUGAGAACUAUGGGGCAUUCAGAAUAAAUUUUAAAACAAUAUUUUUCUCUUUCUGCUUAUGCUGUAUAACGUUUUAAAGGCCUUCAGAACUAAAUUGUUCCCUCUGUUUUCUCUGCUUUCAAAAUAUUGUCAAAAUACUCUUUUUAUUUAACACUAUUAAAUUAUAGAAAAGUGACACAGGAUGUGUUAUAGCCAUGUGAACCAUUUCAAUAAAUGUUAUAUUUUAUUGGUUUGAAUAUCACACAAAACUCGGAAAUGAAUAAAUUAAUUUCUCUGGCAGCCAAAUCACUGCAAUUUGCAGUUUCUGGAAGACACACUCUCCAAGAGCUCUUCCCUCUGUGAUUUUUGUUACAAAAUUUUGAAAACUUUGACAAUUAUUGGUUUUCUCUGUAUCUGUUUUUUAAAAAGUUUUUGCUUUUAAGACACACAUCCAUGCUACAUCCUGGAAAGCUACAAUGGAAAUAUGCAAGAGCUUGUAGACAUUCAAUGAAGAACACGCUCCUCUUUGCUCUUUCAGACAGUCUUUUUCGAUUCUCCUGGCUUUCAAAAGUGCCCUGCCAUUAAGUUUUUGGGUUUGAAUUUCAGAAAUAGAAGUUCUAAGGUAUCAAUGACAUUUGGAUCUGAUCAGUUGCUUCUGUGGGCUGUAACUCUAAUCAACAAAAUCUUAGUCUCUGGGCUUUGUGGUGGUCUUGGUUUUGGGCUAUUUUUCAUAUCAUAAAAACAGUAUUGAUUUUGAAAAAGGACACCUGAUAUUUAAUAUUUCACCAUUAUUAAAUAGGAACUGAAGAGAGAAUAUACUCAUGGUAGGUACUGUGUAUACUAACAUCUUCACUGGCAAGAUGCUGGGAAUCUGUAACCAGUUCUGUGAAUAUACAAUUAUAAGAACAUUGCUAAUAGUAGUAGAAGAAGAAAGUCUGUGGCUUAAACUGUAAGUGUAAUUCUUACACAGCAUGUGCAUGAUUGUACACAUAUUUCUGUUACUUGCAAAACAUGGGUAAAGAUCUAAUGUGUAGUUCUCUAUCCAGCACCAGCCAAAUUAGGACUUCCCUUCACCUUUCUGACUAAAGUCAAAACCCUUUUUCCAGAGAUUUUGCCUUUCUUCCAGAGCAGGUUUUAAGGGUGCCUGGCAGGCAGAAGCAGUGGGAGCUAACAGAAGCGCACAACUAGAUCCUGGAAAUAGCUUGUUAAAAUAUUUGUUUCUACGUGUUACAUGAAAUAAAAAUUCAUUAGUAUAUUACACAUAUAAAUUAAAUACUGGUUAAAGAAAUCAGUAGGUCUUUUUAAAUUUUUUUCUCCAUGUUUGAUCAAGUAACCCUAUGGUUCAGAUUCUAACAAAGACAUUUGCAUAUGGACUGGGGAAAAAUUAAUGCAAGAGCUUUGAAAGUGACUUUUUUCUUGCUUUUUAAACGGUGCACAUCAAUUUUCAUAUAUCAGCUAUAACUGGAAAGUCUACUGGAGUUGGACUCAGUAGGAAAAUGUUUUCUAACAAUGGUACCUGUUUGAGUUUUAAUGCUCAAUUAUUUGCACUAUAUCUCUAGCCUUAGUUUUUAAAAUCAUGUAUUCUAAUUUUGAUAUGAAUUGUAUAUAUGAUUUAUUAAAGAAUCUCAUAACUUUU